AUGAGUUCAAAAUCAGCUUUUACUACUGACCCUAAUAGUUCAUUCUCUGGAAAUUGUACUGAAGAUUCUAAGAUAGAAAUUCCCAAAAAUAAUUCUGAGAUGGUUUUGGAGGAUGGAAUUUCACUUGAUGGAGAAGAUGCAAGCGAGUACAGUUUUUGUGAUGACAUGAUGCCCGAUGGACUCUACCGAUUUCUUUGUCGCUUGGACGGAACAGAUCAUGGUGUUAAGAAGCAGGGUUGUGCUUGUGUCAAAGUUUGUGAGAAAAGAAAAGUCAAUGAUGUGGUUAAUAGAAGUUAUGAAGAUGUUUUCAAGAAGAUGAUAGACAGGUCAGAGUCAGAGGUUAAAAAUAAGGAUAUUUUGAAAGAGGAAGCUUCUGAAGCAAUUGCUAGAUUUUUCUACCAUAAUGCCAUACCGCCUAAGCUGGUAGAGAGUAAGGAGUUUAUUGCUAUGUGUGAUAUGAUUUCAAGACUCGGCGUUGGAUUUAAGCCACCGUCUAUCAAUGACAUCAAAGAGAAAUAUUUGAAGAAAGCAGAUAAGCCGAUAGAUAAAGCGUUGGAAGAACACAAAGCCGUAUGGAAGAUAAGAGGUUGCACUAUAAUGGUUGAUGCGUGGACCGACAAUAAGAGAACUGCAUUGAACUUGUUCGCCAACAGUCUAAAGGGAAAAUACUUUUUGAAGUCUAUCGAUGCAUCUGAUAUGUUGGAAUCUGACACGCCUUUUAAACUCUUUAAGAUGAUGGAUGACAUUGUUGAAGAGGUUGGAGAAGAAAAUGUUGUCCAAAUUGUGACAGACAAUACACCCUUCUACAAAGCUGCCGGUGAGAUGUUGAUGGAGAAGAGGACUAAGUUGUACUGGACACCUUGUGUAACACACUGCAUUGAGAUGAUAUUGGAAGACUACGAGAACAAGAUACCGAUAUAUGAAAAGACAGUUAAAAAGGCUAAAAGAAUUACAACCUUUAUUUAUUCUAGGGAUUCUAUUGUUUCUCUAUUGCAUAGCUUCACAAAAGGAAUAGAUUUGAUGAAACCGAGUAUUACUCGUUGCACUACGUCUUACUUAACUUUAGACUCUCUAUAUAAGAACAAGGGAGCUUUGAAAAAAAUGUUCAAAUCCAUGGAGUGGAAGUCAAGUCAAUUUGCAAAAACAAGUGUCGGAAAAUCGGUUGAAGAUGUGGUUAUUGACAAAGAGUUUUGGAAAAACAUUUUGAUUUGCUUAAAAGGUGCAGAUCCUUUGAUCGAAGUGCUUCGUUUGGUGAAUUCAAUUGACACAUCAGCCACUGGUUUUAUUUAUGAGGCAAUGGAGCAAGCUAAAGUGGAGAUAAGAAGAAAUCUUUCCAUUGAAAGUUUUAUGCCUCUAUGGAAAAUCAUUGAUGAAAGAUGGGACAAACAACUUCUCAACCCUUUGCAUGCGGCCGGCUAUUUUCUGAACCCUCAAUUUCACUAUUGUAUUGGAUUUAGAGAUGAUAAUAUAAUUAGGCGUGGUCUACAUCAUUGUAUAACAAGAAUGGCGGGCAGUCCGGAAGAAAGAGCUAAGAUUGAAAUUCAACUUGAUGAUUUCGAUAAGCGGGCAGAUCUUUUGGGUGAUCCUGUUGCUAUAAUGACAGCAGGUUAUGAGAUUCCGUCAAUAUGGUGGGCUGAUUUUGGAGGCGGACUGCCAGAACUCCAAAGUAUUGCGCUUCGUGUAUUGAGUUUGACAUGCAGUUCUUAUGGAGCUGAGAGUAAUCAGAGUGCAUUCAAGAGAAGAAAUCUUUUGAGACAGGAGAAAGAAGAAGGUUUAGAUGCGGACGACUUGGAAUAUGAUAUGAUUUCUGAUUUGCAUGGCGAAUAUGCUCACGGAGAUGAAGAUCAAAUAGAAGCUUAUUGGUUUUAA